CGGCCGUUACUGACUGAGUGACAUCGAGGUCUGUGUAAGAGGUGUCCGUGUGCGGUUGCUCCACACUAAACUGACAUUACAGCAAAAUUGAUAAAAUCUAACCAACCGACGUUUGUUCAUUACAAUGGCUGAAGGUGACAACAAAAGCGCAAACAUGCUAGCUCAGGAAACGGCCCAGCUGGAGGAGCAGCUGCAGGGAUGGGGUGAAGUGAUCCUAGCUGGGGAUCGUGUCCUGCGCUGGGAGAAGGCUUGGUUCCCAGGAGCCCUUAUUGGUGUUACCACUGUAGUUUUCAUGCUUAUUUACUACUUAGACCCAUCAGUGCUGACUGGUCUCUCCUGUACAGUCAUGUUGCUCUGCCUGGCAGACUACCUGGUGCCCACCCUUGCUCCCCGGGUCUUUGGCUCUAAUAAGUGGACCACGGAGCAGCAGCAGCGAUUCCAUGAGAUAUGUGGAAACCUGGUUAAAACCCAGCGUCGCAUUGUGGGCUGGUGGAAGCGACUCUGUGCCCUCAAGGAGGAGAAGCCCAAAAUGUACUUUGCCUCAGUGAUCAGCAGCCUUCUGACAGUUGCCUGGAUCGGACAGCAGGUUCACAACCUGUUCCUGACUUACCUGAUUGUAAGCUUCCUGCUGUUGCUGCCUGGCCUGAACCAGCAUGGUAUCAUCUCAAAGUAUGCUUGCAUGGCCAAGCGAGAGAUCAACAAACUGCUAAAACAAAAGGAGAAGAAGAAUGAAUAGUGGACGUUGAAGGUGUGAACAAAGAGAAGGAUGGAUCAUAACAAAAUGGAGAAGGUUAUAGGAAGUUGAAUAAUGGAAAGAGCAAAAAAAUGUUUCCUGUUUUCGCUGUCUCGGCUACAGAGCAAGACACUUUUUUUCGACAUAUGCAUAGGGUUUGAUUUUUCUCUCCCAUCAGUUCAACAUUACUUUUCUUUUUAAUUACUCUCUAUAAAAGCAGCCAUGAGGUAAUAGUUUUCAAGCGCACAGCAACACUGAAGCCCACUUCCUAUAUAAACAGAAAGUAAUCUUGCAUUUAGUUUGACUUUUUUUUUUUUAAGUACUUUAAUUUAGCUUCACUAUGUCCACAAUGAAUUUUAGGCCAUUCCUAUUUAGAAAAAGUUACUACUGAGCAGUUUUUGUAGCAUUACUGCAUCAUCCUCUCAGAUCCAUCACAGCAAUGUUUAUUAUUAUUAUUAUUAUUAUUAUUAUUAUUAUUAUUAUUAUUAUUAUUAAGGACAGUGUUUAAAGAACAAGUUUACUUUUGAGUCUGCUUUUGUUGUGUUUAAAAAUGCUGAGUAAACUGGAUUUCAAACAGAGCUCUCAUCAGGAGUGAAAGUGUUUCUAGAAAAAAGCCUACUGCUGUACUGCUGCUAGCUGGACUCUGUGUUCUGUCAACUCUUAGAUAAUAACCGUGUAAUGUAUUACCGGUGUGUGGUGUUUCUGUGUAAAUAGGCCCACUGCUCAAGCCUUUCCCUGUAAGUAAUAUUUUUUUUCCUGUUCCUAUUAUUUAUUUAUGUCCUUUUUCUCUUCAGCCACUUCAUUUCUGACCCGUCUUUCAAACCAUUUCAUUAUUUGUUCUUUUAUUGGAGAUCUUUGACAGUGAAUAAACUUUGCUUCAAAUAAGUUUU